AUGGCCGACACAAGUAGAAAACAGACAAAGCUCAUCCGAGCUGCGAGCUUCCCCUAUCCCAAUCCGAACACACUAACUGCGUCGCAAAUUAGAAUACCAAAUACUGAGAGCACACUCUCCAACCACGCGCACACUCCUGCCCAAAGAGACAGCUCCAUCUCCGGCCCUGACACCUCCGAAAACAGUGCGCUCGCUUCGUCCGGCCUUUCAACACAAAAGCCAAAUGUCGCCUCCAUUUCAAUUGCUCGCCAGCUUCUUUGCGCAAAUUUUCCUCUUCGCACAUAUCAGGAAUCCACUUCGUUUUCCGCAUUGUCCCCAUUAUUUAACGCCAUCCUAUCUAUCUAUCUAUCUAUCUAUCUAUCUAUCUAUCUAUCCCAGUCUGUCUAUCUAUUCCAGCUGUUCGUAUGUAUGUAUGUAUAUAUGUAUGUAUGUAUCUAUGUAUGUAUCUAUUCUUAUCUAUCUAUCUAUCUAUCUAUCCAGGCUGUAUGCUGUUCGCAUCAUCUAUCUAUCUAUCUAUCUAAUUCAUCAUUCAUCUAUUAUCUAUCUAUCCUUCAGCCUGUUCAUAUCUGUCUCAUUUCCUUUUUAUCUUGGAACCCGUUCUUAAACCACCGCCCCUCAUUACGGAUCUGCCUUCUCUUGAAUUUCUUGUGUAAAUGCUCCUUGCAAGGCGUUUCCCUUCACGUCAGUUCGCGUUACAGGUUCUGUAGCCGUAAUCCGCCGACCAUUUUUCUAUCCACAAUGAUCUUUCUCAACCAACGUACCUUUAAGCGCCCAUUCAUAUCUAUUCUGUAA